UAGGGAUGGAGAUCGCGACAGGUGUGCUGGAGGGGUGUAGAGAACAGCAGAUGAUUUGCAAGUUGGGACCGUAGGAUCGCGAUCAGGGGAAUGAACGAGGAGAAGACAGAGAUAGAUCGAUGAAGAUUCUAACGCGGCGCGCUUUACAAGGUGCGUUGUCAGCGGCAGCAGCAGCAGGUCGAGGCCAAAGCCCAAAGCCGAAGCCUAAUGUGGAACGUGGUGGUCCCCACCAGAGUCAGAGGCAAGUGGAGCCGGUUCGUGUUUACUCAGAAAAGGACCUGUCGAAGGAGAUCGAGAAGGCGGCGGCAAUGCUAGUGCCAGAGACAGACUGGUCUGUUCGAAUGAAGGUCAUGCAGCGAGUUGAAGGUCUCGUUGCUGGUGGAGCAUCCGACUUUGAUGCCUUUCCGGGAAUGCUACUAAGGCAAAUGAAAGAUGCAAUUGCCGGCCAGUUACAGGACAGGCGCUCAGCGAUCGUGCGGCAGACGUGCCAGAUGUUGAAUCUGCUAGCCAAGGAGUUGCGUUUUGCAUUCGAACCUCUUGCGGAGUUCUUGAUUCCUGUGCUUUUGAAGCUUGUUGUGAUCACGGUGCUUGUCAUUGCGGAAUCCGCAGACAACUGCAUCCGGACAAUGUUGCUGCACUGCCGUGUGGCAAGGAUAGUUCCACGAAUUGCAGACUCUGCCAUGCACGAUCGGAGCCCUCCUCUGAGGUUACGGUGCUGCGAUUACGCUCUCCUGGUCUUAGAGAGCUGGGGUGAGGCACCAGAGGUCACCCGGCUUGCUGAUCUUUAUGAGGAGCUGAUCAAAUGCUGCGUUGGUGAUGCAAUGAGUGAGGUCAGGGCCACGGCAAGACAGUGCUACCGAGUGUUUGCGCUGAGAUGGCCUGAUCGAGGGAGACGGCUGUUCAGCCGCUUCGAUGGGAGCACGCAGAAGCUAUUAACAGAAGAAGAGUCCUUGGCUUCUACUACGUCAAAGGGAUCUUCUUCUUCUCUUUCGCUGACGGCUCGUGAAUUGAAGGGUUUGGUGGUGGGAUCUCGACAUGCUGUGUCUGCUGCCGGGACCACGACCGGCCAGUUGAGUUCAUUGAACCAGAAUGCGAAUUUCCAAUCCGGCAGUCAUAAUGACGGAUCAGUGUCGGCUCCUGCGGGCCAACCGGGACAGGGGCAGAGUGUCCCAACAGGAAAGAAACAGGCCGCAGGUGGCGGGGGAGGGCCAGGCAGCGGCCGGGGAAAUGCAGCUGUGAAUGGAGGCGGUGAAGGUAAUGGGAAUCUGCAAGCCAAACCUUCGAGGAUUGCUGUUGUUGCUCCGACUUCUCCGUCUCGAGAAGCAGCAGCUGCACCUGCUUCAGGCUAUGUCAGUUUAUAUGCAAGGAGAACAUGUGAGAGAGUCCCUCAAAAGGUGGUUGGUGGUGAUAAGCUGGUAGGAGAUGAGGGGGUACAGGAGUCUGAGAACUUGAGUGGGGAGUCGUCUGGGAACUCUUGUGGAAGGCCUCUCCCCUGCCGUGCACCGGCCUCAGGAGGGGUUUCCUCCGUUGGUGCACGACCAGGCGCAAUGGCAAAAAUGCCCUUGGAGGGUUUGAAGCCGUCAAGAGUGGAGGUUGAUGGAGGAGGGCUCACAAUUGCAAUUCCAGGAGCACAGGGUCCAUCUAAUAAUAACGGUCCAUCCAAUCAGAAUUCACCCCAAACUUCCGCAUCGUCAGCCUCAAGUAGCGGUGCUGCUGCACACAGGACAGGGACAGCCUUGGAAGGUGCAAGGCGGGUGCUUAUGCCUCAAUCGCCAGUACAUGGUCUUGUGAGAGACAGCGUAGUUGCAGCUGGUGGUAUAGGAUUAGAUAUCAAUGCAAAACAUUCAGGAAAUGCAGCGAGUUCUGAAGUUAGUUUUCCUACAGCAGCAGGCAUAGUGUCCUCCAGAAGAGCUAUGGCCGCUGACGAGAAUACAGCGAGUGGCAGGUACGGAGAGCCGGUGAUAGAUCAUGGUACCGAGGAUUCAAUUCAUACAUUUUCUGUGAGUGAUGGGCUCCCUAGCAUUGCCCCCAGACAAGGGAGAAGGGCUAUGCCUGGGUCUGGAAGGCUUGGAGGAGGACUCGUCCAAUUGAAUUCCGUGGGUGGGAGAGGGGGAGGAUUGCCAUACUAUGCAGCACGCGAUGACGACGAGAGAUCUGUUGGCAGUACAAAGUCUAGCGAUGAUGAAAGUCUUGGCACAGUGGCUUCAAGCCUGAUGGCCCCCUCGUCCAGGGCAGGUGGAGAUGACCUGACGACUGGCCUCCCGGAAGCUAUCGCUGCUGCGUACCUAGCAAAUGCCGACUGGUCGUCCCGCGUAACGGCCUUUGUCACAUUGCGAAAGACGCUGCAGAAUGGGCAGAAGGGUGUCUCUGAAGUGCUUGCAAACUUCGACAAGGUUAUGAUCCUCUAUUCUUCAUUCCUCGGGGACUCUCAUCACCGAGUAGCUCAGGCGGCGCUUGCGGCUUUGGCGGAACUCCUACCAUUGUGCCGAAAGAGCUUUGAGGCAUACUUAGAGAGAAUCCUUCCCCUGCUCUUCAACCGGCUUAUUGACCAGAAGGAAGCCUCGCGCAAGAUGUCUGCACGAGUCCUGAAGACAGCAGCAGAGCUGUACCCUAUUGAGCUUUUAUUGCCUGCAUUGCUGCGAUCUCUGGAUGAGCAGCGCUCACCAAAGGCGAAGAUGGCAGUCAUUGAGUUUGGGGUCUCAGCAUUGAAGAGACCGAGGAUGGCAGUUGGUGAACACGUCCCUGCUGUAAGUAGUAUUAUGCUGAAGCACUGGAUGUCCAAGCUGGUGCCUCUUACGAACGACAAGCAGCAGAAGCUACGAUUGACCGCCGUUGCAGGUAUUGUAGCAGUUCAUUCGCAACUGGAUGCAAACACAGUUGUAUCAUACAUUGCCAACAUGCCCAUUGAGGAGCAAAGUCAGCUGAGGAAGGUGUUGAGGCAGUAUGCGCCGGCAGUGGAAGCUGAUUUGCUUCUGGUGCAGUCUGGAAAGCAGCGCCAAGCUCGGAUCAGGUCGCUGAUGAUGGACACUCGUCCCACGGAAUCAGCUGCAGAUACUACUGCUGUAGCGGCAACGAGAGCAGGUGGUGGUGGGGGGAACACUGCCCUUGACAUCUUAGGAACAGUAGCUGGGAUGGGAUAUCAAAGUCCAAGAAGUCCGCAGAGUCCUUGCGUAACGGAAAGGAGGAGGAGGAGAAGUGGAAGCUUGGGGGCAGUGGAGGGUGCAGUGUUUGCAGCAGAGUUGGCAAAGGAUAUAGACACUGGAGCGGGGAGUUUGGCAAGCAGGGGCCUUACUGGUGAAAGUAGCCUCAAUAGUCUUGCGAGUGUGUCGACGGUCUGUAGUGCCAGGACUGUGGAUGAUGAGACUAUGAUGAUGAGAUCUAGGAAGAGCUUGGGUGGGGGAAGGGAAGGACGGCGAUGCUUGGGUGACAUGUCCACAUUUGCAGUGCUAGACGGAGAAAGCAAUGGUGUCGAUGGGGUUGACCGGGUGUUGGAAAGAAGAAGAGGGAGUGUUGGCGGAGGUGACAAAGGAAUGGCAAGGAGUCCAGUUUCGCCAUACAGAGGCACACGGAAUGGUGCACUCUCUCCGUGCAGGGGCGGAGCUGCCCUACGGAGGCACACAGAAAACGAUUGGAGCCUAUUGCAACAGAAUAUGAGAGAUGAUGGGUCAGUGGAUGCUGCUAUAGAGGGCUCAGGACUUGGUGUGAUCGAUGGUGCAGAGAACAGAGAACGGGAGACACGAAGAGCGCUCGGGAGCAGGUCACCUGGAAAGUUUAAUGGCUCAGGAGGGAGAGGACGCCGGAGGUCAUCCCUGGGAGGGGGAUCCUCAGGUGGGCCUUCUCCUUGGAAAGGCAUGCCGCUGUCAUUGGGGGCCACCGCUACAGAAGAAGAUGACACUCUUCUUGCUCGUUUAGUUGGCCAGGGGAGAGGGACAGAUGAGCGGCAAGAGGAACUUCAGCAAGUUCUUCAGUUCUGCAGCAGCAGGCAGAAUGGCCCGGCGAUGCCAGAUGAGCAGGAUAGCCUACAAGACUACAUGGAGGCGAUAGCAGGCAAUGUAAUUGCUCUCAAAGCGGAUCAAAGUAAAACGGCCCAAGAAUGUGCGAAUGAGUGUCUGGACAUGAUCUUCUCUGGCAUGGAUCCGCUGCGCUGCCUAACCGUGCUGCUGCCGCAACUGGAAACUGACGAUGAGAAGAUUCUGGUGCCGUGCUUGGGAAUGCUGAACGAGGUUGUUGUGAGACUAACAGAAGAGCAGCUCACAGACCAGUUGCCGCUGUUGCUUCCGCCUUUGUAUGAAGCAUUUGGGAGUCCACAUGCAGCUGUUCGAAAGGCAGUGGUGCUCGCACUGGUGGAGAUGUACAUGAUGCUGGGUGAUGCGUUCAUUCCUCACUUAAGUGGGCUACCCCACACGCAACUCAAGCUGGUGACAAUCUAUGCCAACCGAAUUACUCAGGAACGGAUGGCACAAGGCGUCAACCGUCCAACUAGAUGACACUAUGCUGAAAGUGCAAAAAUAAUGACGCACAGGACAUUAAGGAGUCAACGCAAAGUAAAUUACUAUUAUGUCA